AGAUUACUCCACACAAACACAAGCACCACAGUGGGAAAAACCGUCAGAUGCAGCUCGACAUGCACCCAAUGUCCAGGCAUAAUUAAACCAAGCAGGGUAACACACACUAGCGAGCUUUCAUUUAUUACUCUAUUUUUACUUAGGCGCAUAUGGAUUUCUCUUAAGUCACGCUGCGAGGCUUUUGGAAGCGUUGCACGGACACGAGUUGCUGCUGGCCACAGCGUGUUUCGUUCGCUUAAGUCGGGGGGCGACAGGAGCGCAAAAGUAAGCUGCAUAAUAUAAUAAGAAAUCGGACUAAUUGCUUCAAGACAUCUAGGGCUCCGGUUUCCGACCCAGCUUACUUUGUAUGGUAUAGGCUAUUUUGUUACAAGGAGGCGGUAAGACCCGAAGUGGCUAAUUUGAUACAAGAGGAGGGAAAACGUUAGAAAUAUUUUUUUUUGUGUGCAAUAUUCUCCGCGUUCGCUCGAGAUGAAGGCGAAACAGAGGGAUCAGAGCUUGUCUGAUUCGAGGGAACUAGACGGAUCUUAUGACCAGCUCACAGGUAAUCCUCCCUCCAGCCAAAGCAAAAAAACCAUAAAGCAGCGAUUCCUCAAACUGCUGCCCUGCUGUGGGCCCAGCGCCGUCCCCUCAGUCAGUCAAUGCAACAUUGAGGAUGACUUUGAGCUGUCCACUGUGUGCUACCGCCCCGAGGGCCUGGAAAAGCUGCAGGAGCAGACCAAGUUCACCAAGAAAGAGCUGCAGAUCCUCUACAGGGGUUUCAAGAAUGAGUGCCCCAGUGGAAUGGUCAAUGAAGAGACCUUCAAGCUCAUCUACUCACAGUUCUUCCCCCAAGGAGAUUCCAGCACAUAUGCACAUUUCCUGUUUGAGGCUUUUGACACCAACAAGAAUGGAUCUGUUAGUUUUGAGGACUUUGUCACAGGCUUGUCAGUCAUUCUCAGGGGCUCCAUCAUCGACCGGCUCAACUGGGCCUUCAACCUGUACGACCUCAACAAGGACGGCUGCAUCACCAAAGAGGAGAUGACAGACAUCAUGAAGUCCAUCUACGACAUGAUGGGGAAGUGCACCUACCCCACCAUGCAGGAGGACGCCCCCAGAGAACACGUGGAGAACUUCUUCCAGAAAAUGGACCGAAACAAUGACGGUGUUGUUACUAUUGAGGAGUUCAUCGAGUCAUGCCAAAAGGACGAAAACAUCAUGCAGUCCAUGCAGCUGUUCGACCACGUCAUUUAAGAGGAAUCUCCGAGGAGACAGCGGGGCGUGGCUGGGCGAGCCCUGUGCGUGUGCAGUUUGGACUCCUCCUCCUGCCCCCCUCCAUCCCCCCCCCCCCUUACUCCAUUGGCCGCUUGGCAAGGAGGCUGUUUUCCAUUGGUUCCCUGCUAGAGACACAAAGGACGGAGAGUGGGGUUGGGACUGGCAAGGAGAGGUGUAGGAUGCAUUUUUUGCUUUUUAAUUUUCCUUAAUGCUUUAUUUCCUGAAAGAUCUGUUGCAUUGGACGGACUCCCCACCAAACCCUGCCCCACCUUUCUGUCGAGAACAGGCGAGAUUUGAACACAACUCGAAGUGUCACAUGGUCAGUCAAAAGGGAUGCAACCAAGCAACUCUUGAAUCGGACUGUCUCAAACGCGUCUCCACGACAGCCAGCUGAUGUGUAGUAAAACUGCAUGAUGUCACCACUGUUCGUCACACUCUAUAGGUAUUUAUAGACUUACUCCAAAGCCAGCCAGCUAUGUUCUUUGUCUGUCCGUGGCUAGACCUGUGGCAGCGUGCGUAACCACAGUGUGUCUACAUCACCAUCUCCCAGAAUGCAAGAGCUCCCACAUAUAGCCAACAAGAAUGCGAUGCGUUGGGCGGGACCAUUAAAACAACCUUCACUGUUGACAUAUACUGAUAGAAAUAGUUGUGCCACAGACCUGAGGUUAAAAUCCCCCCAAAAAUCCCUUCUUUUUCCCACAGCAUGUGUAAUCGCUGAAUUAAUAUCUCUCUGGAUGAUCACUGAAACUUAGGAAGAAAAUUCUUCUUGUGGUGUUUGCAGGCCUGUUGGUUAUUUUCAGCCACCACCUUGGUGACUGACUAAACCUGCUCAUAAUUUGCCGGCAGGGGGUGAAAGUGUUUCCUCUCCAGGUGCUGCCCCUCAUGCUCUAUCUUAAACCGUUGACCUCUGAGACCUUUGGCAAGUGGAGAAGCAGAACCUGUUACAUGGCGAUGCUCCCGUCAGGGAUGAAUAAGCCUGGGCUGUGAUUGGCUGGCCGGGAGCCCUACCACACUCGGUCAGGCUUACCUCCCUGAACAUGACUCGCUCGCCCUCCACCUCCAGCCCCUGGCAGAGUUCAUCUUCACCAGACCUGUACCGUCGCCGCUAACCGAAACGCCUCGUGCCCGGGAUGCUUUGUGGAUGUGUGUCCAAACACGAGACGUGCGGACAUCCACUGUUGCUGAGGGGUGCAGCUGUCGGGAUGGGGCUUCCCACGGGACAUAAUCAUGGUCCAGAAAAUGGUAGUAUGGUCAAAAUGACUGUUGUGAUCCCUCAUUCUGUGUAAGCUGCCCUGUGCUCGGUUGUUGGCGUGGUUGUUUUAAAUGUUUAGCAUAUUUUCAUACGGUUUUAUUUAUUUUCAAUUUAUUCGCUUAACAGAUGCCCUUGUUCAGGACAUGCAUUUUAUUCAUUCAC